UCUCACUCUCUUUAUCUCUCUUUUCCCUUAAAGAAAUCAUUUUUCCUUGACUUUCUCUGCAAAUUCUAAUGUGCAAAGUGUAUUCAUUACAGUAUUGAGCAGAGCAAAUAAGAAUUUCUAUAACAUCAAAAUUCAAAGCAAAGAAAAUGGUGGGUUGCGAGUUGUUCAUAAAGGAGAAAACAGAUUGGCUAAGUACUCUUCUUCGAACCGAGUUCUUUGGCCCCUGCUCUGAACAUCGAGGCCUUCGAAAAAACGAGAAGAACGUGUUCUGCAUCGAUUGCAGCCUCGGGUUUUGCCGGCAUUGUGAGGCUCAUAGCCAACAUCUUUCACUUCAGAUCUGCAAAUAUGUCUACCAAGAUGUUGCUCGCCUUCAAGAAAUGCAGAAACAUAUUGAUUGUUCCAAAAUUCAGACAUACAAAAUCAAUGGUGCAAAGGCUGUGCAUUUGAAUCCUCGGCCUCAAACUAAAGACGCCAAGCCGUCGACGAAAUCGAAAACCGGCGCCGCAUGUGAAGCUUGCGGGAGAUACCUUCAGACUCGCCUAAUAGAUUUUGUUCCAUUGCAUGCAAGGUCUCAGUUGUUGAUCAUGCAAAGCCUAGAAACCAAACCGGUAAACUCGAAUUGUCGAUACGAGAGUUCCCCGAUCUUCCAUGGAAAUACAAUAAAAUUUCACCGGAAAUAAGCACAGAAGAAAAGCAAUCAUCCCUUUCAUCAACCGAUGUCUCCGGGGAGACGAAAACAUCGGUGACCAAGAGUUUAAAGCCUAGGAAUCAACAUAAGAAACGGAAAGGCACUCCUCGUAGAGCUCCGGUCGGUUAACGAUCAAUGUUUUUCGGUAGAUACUCACCAAAGGGUACUUGAAAUCAGCCUUUAC